AAGGAAGCUUGCAUGGAAGGCUUUCCAGCAUGUUGCUUCUUAUGAUUCUGCAGUUUCAGAAUGGCUUUGGAAGCAGACUUCUGAAGAGAAAUUCCUUCAGAGCUUAACGGUGCCUAUGUUGCUCAAAAGUCCCCUUCAUUAUGGUGAAAAUCCUCAUCAGAAGGCUGCAACAUUCUACGUUGACAAGAGUCUUUCUGAGGUGAAUGCUGGUGGUAUUGCAACUGCUAUCUGACACCAUGGGAAGGAAAUGUCAUAUAAUAACUAUUUAGAUGCCGAUGCGGCUUGGAAUUGUGUGUCAGAGUUUCAAAGUCCUACCUGUGUAGUUGUAAAGCAUACAAAUCCUUGUGGACACAGCUUCACGUGAUGAUAUUCUUGAAGCAUACAGGCUUGCUGUCAAAACAGAUCCCGUGAGUGCUUUUGGUGGCAUUGAAGCGUUCAACAUCGAGGUUGAUGAGGCUCUUGCUAAGGAAAUCCAAGAGUUUAGAAGCCCGACAGAUGGUGAAGCUCGGAUGUUUUACGAGAUUGUGGUUGCACCCAAGUACACAAAGAAGGGGCUUGAAAUCCUCCACGGAAAAUCAAAGACUCUAAGGAUCCUUGAGGCAGGGAAAAAUGAGAAGGGAAAGCUUUCACCUAGACAGGUUGGUGGUGGGUGGUUAGCCCAGGACUCGGAUGAUUUGACCCCCCAAGAUAUACAGUUCAAAGCUGUUUCUGAGAAGGCUCCACAAGAAAGUGAGCUUGCUGAUGCAGAGUUCGCAUGGUUGUGCAUCAAGCAUAUUAAAAGCAAUGCAAUUGUUAUAACAAAGAAUAACUGCAUGCUGGGCAUGGGGAGUGGGCAGCCUAACCGCCUGGAGAGUUUAAGAAUAGCCUUGAAGAAAGCUGGAGAAGAGGUCAAGGGUGCAGCUUUGGCCAGUGAUGGCUUCUUCCCAUUCGCGUGGAAAGAUGCAGUGGAAGAAGCCUGCCAAAGCGGAGUUGGUGUAAUCACAGAACCCGGUAGGAGCAUUAGAGAUGGGGAUGCUAUAGACUGCUGUAACAAGUAUGGAGUUUCACUUCUUUUCACAAACGUGAGGCAUUUCAGGCAUUGACAACGUUUUUGUCCUUGGUGCUUCGAUACAAGGACCUUAGGUCUCGAUCCGUUGUUUUCAUAAGAAGAUAACUAGGUUCUCUCACGGAGAAGUUCCUGUAGACAUGCUUGUUUGACAUCAAGGCAAAUCAUAAUUUUUUUCGUAAUCUGAAUGCGGAUUUGAGGUACCAUACGUUAAUAACUUUGCUUCUUGUA